AUGGGCAAAGACACAAAACUAGAUUAUGCUGAACGGGAGCGGCGGUGGCAGAAGGCACGCGAGCCCUGGAUGAAGCAGAUUGUCACUGGCCUCGUUCUUGGCAACCUCAGCUCAUCCUACACCCGGGAACUGCUGAAAGAAAACCACAUCGACGCAAUCGUCUCUCUCGACGUCUGCCGAACAGGCUUGUGGAUCAGGACCAGCAACGCCGGCGUCACCGAAGAGCGACACAAAUUCGUGCAGUGCGCCGACUCGUCAACACAGGACCUGCUGGUCCACCUGGACGAUAUCUGUGACUUCAUCGAUCAAGUGGCCUCCCCCGCGCUGACUGUGCUGGCCGCUCUGCCUAACGAAUCUAACGCAGAAGACGACGCACCCCAGCACUGUGAGCCGCCGCCGUCCCAGGCGGUUCUGGUCCACUGUGAACUGGGGAUCUCGCGCUCACCCACCAUCAUCAUUGCCUAUCUAAUGCGCAAGCUGCGGCUGCCCCGGGCGGAAGUAUUGGGCUUUGUGCGCGCCCAGCGGAAGGUUAAACCAAGCGCCAAUUUCACCCGCCAACUGGAGGGUUGGGAGGAAGUGGGGUAUCAACUGUGGGAGGACGAGGCGCGGGCCGUCCCGAAAGCGCUGUACACGGCGUUUCUGGACGACCGAGCAGCACGGCUGGCAGAGAUGGGCCUGACGGGGGAUGAGCCGCUUGCGCCACUAACUCUGGAUUAG